UCGUCAACAAGAAAUUGAAGAGAAACUCAUAGAGGAAGAAACUGCUCGAAGAGUGGAAGAGCUUGUGGCUAAACGUGUAGAAGAAGAGUUGGAGAAAAGGAAGGAUGAGAUUGAGCGAGAGGUUCUCCGCAGGGUGGAGGAGGCUAAGCGCAUCAUGGAAAAACAGUUGCUCGAAGAACUCGAGCGACAGCGACAAGCUGAACUUGCAGCACAAAAAGCCAGAGAGGAAGAAGAGCGUGCAAAGCGUGAGGAACUAGAGCGAAUACUAGAAGAGAAUAAUCGAAAAAUUGCAGAAGCACAAGCUAAACUGGCUGAAGAACAAUUGAAAAUUGUUGAAGAACAAAGAAAGAUUCAUGAGGAGAGGAUGAAACUAGAACAAGAGAGACAACGUCAGCAAAAGGAAGAGCAAAAAAUUAUCCUGGGCAAAGGAAAGUCUAGGCCAAAACUGUCCUUCUCACUAAAAAGCCAGGAUUAAAUUGCAACUCUGAACUCUUAAAAGAAAAAAAGAAACAAAAAACCAACAAAAAAGGAAAACAAACAAAAAAAAAACUUUGUAUGGUAGCUUCAUGUUGAAGUGGUUUUUUUUUUCCUCUCAAUUUUUUUUUUGUCUUUUUUGAAAGUCUGGAAAGUUAGCUUGUUCUAAUAGGGGCUGUGCUCUGCAAUUCUUAAUUUUUUUUUUUAAACUUCCAUUAAGUUAAACCCUUAUCAGAUCAUUAUUGCCUUUUAGAGGGUAAUCUGUUCUCAUCAAUUUUGUUUCUGUAUUAGUGGUCUGAAGGAGAUCAGGUCACUUUAUGAAUUGUGGAUGAUCUGAUAAGGUUUUACUGACCUACUCAUCAGAGUUUGACUCUGAUAAUUGACAGAACUUUUUACUGGGUAUUACUGACUUCUAAUUUUUUUUUUUUAAGUCAGUAAAUACAUGAGUAAAUUGCCAUAGUAUUACUGGACCUCUGUGGUUUAUUGUUAAAUCAGUGUCCUAUGAUACUGUCCCAUUGUUGCGCUUGAUGUUCCUGAUACAGGUAAGGAAAUAGUUUGUCAUUUCUGCUAUGAAUACCUAUAGAGAGUUCAGUAUUGUCUCUGUUAGAUUUGUUUUUAUUACAUUGACAGCAUUCAACCAGCGUUCCCCAUUGUGUAAAUAAACCAAUUUGCUGAAUAAAGUGAAAGUCUUAAAUUCA